AUGGGUCGUGUCCGUACCAAAACAGUGAAGAAAUCAUCACGACAAGUGAUAGAAAAGUACUACUCAAGGAUGACACUCGACUUCCACACGAACAAGAAGAUCUUGGAGGAAGUUGCAAUCAUCCCAUCGAAAAGACUACGCAACAAGAUCGCUGGAUUCUCCACACACUUGAUGAAACGUAUCCAGAAGGGACCAGUGCGUGGAAUCUCGCUCAAGCUACAGGAGGAAGAGCGUGAGAGGAGAAUGGACUUUGUACCCGACGAGUCUGCUAUUAAAACAGAUGAUGUUAAGGUGGAUAAAGAGACGUUAGAGAUGCUUGCUUCUCUGGGAAUGUCUGAUGUUUCCGGGUUUUCUCAAGUGGAGACACAAGCGGCCGUGGUGCCAGGCAAUGCGUUUGGUCGUGGUGGAAGAAGGUUCUAA